CACUGGACACGCUAGACUGAUCCUUGAGAAAAUCAAUGCAGGAUCGUCCUUUUCGGGGUUUGUGGUGGAACAAAUGAAAAUCUUCGGCCCCGUGUUUGCACUCUUCAUGUUCUCUAAGCCCUCUGUUAUCUGUCUUGAACCAAGCUGUGUUAAGAAAAUCCUUCAUUCCACGACGCACUUCAAACCACCUGCCGAAGUACAGUUUUUCUGGAGUGUGUUUGGUCAGCGAUAUCUUCAUCACGGACUCCUUACCGAGUCUAAUGUGCCAAAACACAUGAAACGUCGGGCGUUGUUCGAUCCAGCUUUCCACAGAAAGUACCUCAAGACUUUGAUCUCAACUUUCAACCAAAGUGCAAAUGUACUGAUUGAAAAAUUGACAAACGUGGCAGAUGGAAAAACUGUGGUACCCAUGUUGGAUGAGUUCAACAAAUUUACUCUAGAUGUCCUUGCAAAGGUUGCCUUCGGUUUGGAUCUCUUGGAAGAUAAAGGGUUCAACAAGGCAAUCUGCAAAUCACUUACUGGAGUGGAGAUAUGCUUCUACAAGCCAUGGAUACAGUGGAGCCCUCUACCAGCGCAUGCCAAGUUCCGAGAGGAGUGUCGCGAGGGUGUUCGGCUCAUUCGGGAGACAGGACGGAAGUGCGUCCUGGACCGCAUCGCCGCGAAGAAGCGAGGAGAGAAAAUCCCCAAUGACAUACUGACGUACAUUCUUCAGCAGUCCAAUGACUUGCAGGAUGACGAGGACUUCACAAUGGAGAACAUGCUGGACGAGUUCUGCACCUUCUUCAUUGCCGGCCAAGAAACUACUGCUAACAUGAUGGCCUUUAUGCUGGUGGAACUGGGGCACCAUCCCGAUGUUAUGCACAGGUUGCAAACGGAGGCUAAAGCAGUUCUUGGGGACAGUGAUUAUGUCAAAUUUGAGGACUUGGGGAAACUAGAAUAUAUGAUGCUGGUGAUAAAGGAAACUUUGCGACUUUGGCCCCCCGUGAUUGGAACAAGUCGUCAGUUGGCUCAUGACGAAAUGCUCUUCGGCUACAAAAUACCUGCUGGCACACCCGUGUGGCUCAACACUUACACCAUGGGAAGGAAUGACAAAUGUUUCCCUGAUCCUCUCGUUUUCAACCCUGAGCGAUUUAUCGACACGUCAGAAGACAGACAGCUUUUUACCCACUUCCCCUUUUCCAUGGGUAUAAGGUCCUGCAUUGGUCAACAAUUUGCACUGAUUGAGGCCAAACUAAUCAUGAGCCGACUGCUGCAGAAGUUCAACUUCAGUCUGGCUCCCGGCCAGCUCCGAGACGAUGUCCUGCAGGAGAUCCUGAUCAAGCCGAAGGGACGCUGCAAGAAUUACCUCACUCUCGCAGAAUAAGUUGGUACUGGUUCACUUUUAUAACAUGCCUACAUAAGGAAACCAGUGGCAUGCCCUUGUCUGGAAUAAACACUGGUACAGAGAUUGAAAUCAGACAAGGAUGGGGUGGAAAGUGGAAAGUCCAGCUCUAUAUUAAUCCUCAAUAAUUUUAUGAAGGGCAAAAUCAAUGCUGCAGAAAUGUUGAUGUUGCAUACGUCUCCUAUCCAAUCAGUAUCCCCCCAUUUAUAUCUCUCUUUACUGAAAAUCAUUUAUGUUAAUCAAAAUAAUUAAAAUGAAAAUAAGUAAAACAGAAAUAAAUAAAAUCCUUUAUGGACAUACAGUACCCGAACACAUAAAUAAAGCACACUGUUAUUUUAGACGCAAAUUCGGGUUGGGUUUCAGUCUUUUAUCUACUUUGAAUUUUAUUUUCUAAUUAUAUUUUCUUUAUCUUGUUUUCUUAUUCGUUCAUGUGUCACAAGAAUUAAGUACCAAAUAAACAUAGUACCAUGUUUACACUUUUCCAGAAGCGUGUUACACAAUAUACAGUGCAUUUUAUCACUUGAAGAAUUCACUUUACUGUUGUUGUUUAAACUCACAAGCAUUAAUCCUUAAUGUACGAGUCCCCUUUAUCACAAACAAAAUGUAUUAUCCUUUUAAUAAAAAUAACUCAAAACAUAAAUGCAGGUAAGUCUUAUAAUAACUUGACAAGCUUCAACCCUUCCAGCUUCACCGUCAUUACAGCAAUCAGAUUAAAGUUAGGUGUAAAUGUUUAAUGCUUAAAUGUAAUACAGUGUUUUUGUGGGGAAAUAACGCCCUCCCAGAGGAAAUCCUGAAACCCAGAAGAGAAACGAACAAAGGGUGGUCGUUGGGGAGGUGAAGAGAUACUUUCGUUGUUGUCUGAAAGGCUGCAUGUAAUGACGAUUGUGCUGCUGUCACUAGUACUGCACUGAAUUCAUCGCCAUUGUUAAUAAACAAAAGUCUCCACCAACCACGUGCACGCUCAUCGCACGUCAACAGGCAUGGCGUGAGACUCGCCGGCCAAUAUCCGUGCGAUACCGUCUUGCGUUGCUUGCAUAAUUAGGGAUCGUCACUAGUUUUGUUUGCCACUUAACGUUGCUAUGUAAACACUGAUUUAAGGACGAUAGCUUAACACUUCGGGGACUGCGUUCCAUAAAGCAGAUGAAAAUUGCGCUUAAUCUGCAAUUAUGGACAGACAGUACCCAAACGCAUAAAUAAAGCACAUUGUUAUUUUUAGACGCAAAUUCGGCUUUGGGUUCAGGAGUCCUUUACAUGAGUAUAUCCACUUUGAACUUUUUUCUAAUUAUAGUUUCUUUAUCUUGUUUUCUUAUUAUUCGUUCGUGUGUCACAAGAUUAAAUACCAAAUAAACAUAGUGCAUGUUUACACUUUUCCAGAAGCGUGUUUCAAAAUACACAGUGCAUUUCAUCACAAGAAGAAUUCACUUUAUAUACUGUUGUUGUUUAAACUCAUAAGCACUAAUCCUUAAUUUGCGAGUUCCCUUUUAUCAUGUACAAAAUUUAGCUACCUAUUAACCUUUUAAUAACUAUAACUCAAAAUAUAAAUGCGGGUAAGUCUUAUAAUAACUUGACAAGCUUCGACCAUUCCAGCUUCACCGUCAUUAGGCCUACAAAAAUCAAAUUGAAGUUAGGUGUAAACGUCUUAAUGCCUAAAUGUAAUCCAGCGUGUUUUUGUAUGGAAUUAACACCACAAGUCGCCUGACGCAAAAGCUUGCCUUGGGCCAGGCGACUCCCCACAAAAACCCGGAAACCCACAGAAAACAUGAAAAAAAACCUGCCGAACACAGAAAAGCAGGGACUAAGAGGGACACCCAAUCUCGCACACUUUGAUGCUAUAUGCGGAUGUACUUGUGAAAGUGUCAGGCUGCCACUUGCCCUUGAGCAUCUGAGUAUCCAAGGGAAACUGCGUGGCAUGCUGCCCUUAACCGGAAACUGUGGGCAGUGUAAAUUGUUGGGUUUAAAUCUACAUGAGUAAGUGUUGACCUGAGAGUCUGAGUAAAUGCUCUCUGACUGACAGGCUGCCCAUUGGGCCAGCAGUACAGAAAAACUGAUUUGAAAGAUGCUGGCUUUUCCGAGUACGUCAACAAACUUUGGACUGGCCAGUGUAUAUCACUCUGUCGUGCAAUAUCAAUACAGGAUUGUCUGCCCUGUGAAUAUUUGAAGUUCUGAAACACCAACUUCAACCCUCUGUGUCAUGGUAAGCAUAACAUUAUCCAGUUUCAAAACAUUUACUGUGUUACUAUAUGAAGCUCUUAUAUACCGGCAUUGAUUGACUCCCCGUCCGGGUAAGACAAAUGGUAUGCAGAAUUGUCCUGCUUGCUUUUUAGGGACUUAAAAAUACAAAGCUAAACACGUUGUGUUAAUAUUUUAAACAAAUGCGUGUUGAUACAUUAAUAAAUUAGACACAAUGACAUAUUUUGGUAUUAAUAACGACACAAAAACACGUUGAUUCGGUGGUAAAACGUUCUGUACGCGUGUAUGCACGCAUGCCGAACUAUUGUGCACGUAAUUCGGAGGUAUAUCACCGCUGUAAUGAGCGAAGAGACUAUGGUGUGGGGCCUAAUGGUCGGUCAAUCAGUGCUGGGGGCAGUACCCCCACCUUUUGGGCUGGGGGCAUGAACCCCCACUUUUGCAAAUCUUAUAAUGAGGUGGGGCUUAAUGGAUCAGCCUAUUAAUGGAUGAUACUUGAUAGUCUAACAACUGCCCCCCAGCGGCACUUCGUGGUGUCAUGUGGGUGAAAAGCCGCUUGCGCCCACGUUUGCACCCACCGUGAUCUUGUCACGUUACGAAAGGGCGA